UGGGUGGCCACCUGUCCCCAUGGCCCACAUACACCAGUGGUCAGACUAUUCUGCAAAAUCGAAAACCCUGUUCAGAUGACUCCUGGAAGCAAGUCGGCCUUACAGAGAGAUCUUUGAGUUCUUCAUAGAGGAUUUCAAAACAUAUAAACCAUUACUAUCCUCCAUCAAGAAUGCAUAUGAGCUAAUGCUGGGUAAGAACACAGCCCUUCUCAUGAACCCAGCCUACAAUGGAUGCAGAGGAUUCUAAUCUUUCUGAGGCUCCACAGCAGGGUUGGGGCAACUACUAAUUGGGAUUUGAGGUCACUUUUGCAUGUACUGUUCUGUGAUAGGGCUCCCCAGAGGACAUCACCUCCUCCUGUCCUUGAGAGGGAACCCCAGAAGAGUGAGCACCUCUGGGAAGUGAGGUGGUCGUUUUUCAGACUCAAAAGGUAUAAAGCAGAUUGUGGCUUUAGGACUAAAGAUGCAGGGCUAAGUGUGUAGUAGCAACCCUAAUCCUCAUUUGGACUCUGCCCUUGCUUUUAAAGCAAGUGUGAGAAUGUCUGAACUAGGAACCAUGGCAUUUAACAGGCAAGUAUAGACUCUUGGUGUUUGCAAGUGAUAGCCACUUACCCAUGACCUUAGGAUCUGUCUCCUGGCUGCUCUUCAUGUCUCCAAAAGGACUCUUCCAUCCAUCCCUGCUUAGCCCACCAAAGGGAGAAGAUUCGUGCCCUGGAGCCACUGAAGGCCAAGCUUGUCACUCUGAACGAGGAUUGCAAUGAAAGAAUCAUGGCUAUGAGGGCUGAGGAGAGGUAUGAAAUCUCCAUGCUCAAGAAAGAGAAGAUGAAUUUGUUAAAACUCAUUGACAAAAAGAAUGAAGAGAAGAUCUCAUUGCAGACAGAGGUGAAUGAAAAUGAUGUACUGACCAAGUCCCUGAAUUCCUGCCCCCUCAUGGUUACCUUAUUAUGCACAAGGCUACUCCUAACCCUAUCCACCCUCCAUCUACCUUUUUAAUCCCUCCCCAGAGCCUCUGUUACCUCUACCCUCUGACCUGCUGCAGGGCUCAAAACAGGUUUGGUGUGGCCCUGAGUGCCAGCAGACUUUCUUCACAGGAGGAAGCACUGGCAUCUUGUUGGGUUCUUGGGAAUGCUGCUUUUCUUCUUCAACCUUUCUUAUUCCUAAGCUGAGGACCACCUAACACCCAUCCCACCCCUGUAUCGACUGGCUGCCUACAGGGAUCCAUAGAAAGCUCCUGACUACACAACCACUGUCCUAGUAGGUGUCCAAACUGAGGAAGAACUUGGCCGAGGAGUACCUACACUACCUCAGUGAGCGAGAUGCCCGCAAGAUCCUCAUUGGAGAUCUGAAUGAGCUUCGGUACCAGCGGGAGGACAUGUCACUAGCCCAGUCCCCAGAUGGAACUCAACACCAUGAAGGCCAACUUUGGAGAUGUGGUACCCAGGAGAGACUUUGAAAUGCAGGAAAAGAUUAACAAGGAUCUUCAAGAGCAGCUGGACAGUCUGCGAGCUGAUUAUGAAGAGGUCUGCAAGGAGCAUGAUUCACUGCUACAGAUGCACAUGAGCACACUGAAGGAACGAGACCAGUUCUUUUCUGAGCUGCAGGAGAUCCAGCGUACGUCCACACCACGACCUAACUGGACCAAGUGUGAAGAUGUGGUGGCUGGAGGCCAAGAACGCUGGCAUAUGCUGGCAGCAGACAAGAACAGCGACCAGCUGGUUGAUGUGCUGUUGGAGGAGAUUGGCGAAGGCCUGCUCCGGGAGAAAGACUCCUUUCCUGGUCUGGGUUAUGGGGAAACCAUCCCUACUUUCCUUCGGUUUGAUGGCCCCGUGGAGAACAAGAAACCAAGCAAGAAGGAAGUGGUAAACAUCCUUAAGAAUGCCUGGAAGGAACGUCUGGCACAGGAACAGAAAGAAAAGUUUCCAGAUUUCUUCUUCAAUUUCUUGGAGCGUCGCUUUGGGCCCAGUGAUGCCAUAGCCUGGGCUUAUACCAUUUUUGAGAAUAUCAAGCUCUUCCACACCAAUGAAGUCAUGAGUCAAUUCUAUGCAGUUCUAAUGGGAAAGAGGACAGAGAGUGUGUAUAUCAACCAUAAGGAAACAGUAGCCCAGUUGCAAAAAGAGAUGACCAAUGCUGACAGUCAGAACGAGGGGCUACUAAGCAUGGAGCAGUUCAGCAACAUCCUUAAGAGCACUUUCCCCCUCAAGAAGGAAGAGCAAAUUCAGGAGCUGAUGGAGGCAGGGGGCUGGCAUCCCAACAGCAACAGUUCAGACUUGUUCAACUACCGCUCAUUGUUUAUGGAGAAUGAGGAGGGCCAGAGUGAUCCCUUUGUGCAAAAGCUGUGGCAACAGUAUGUGAUUGAGAAGGAUGAGUACCUACGUGAACUAAAGCAGGAGCUGGGCCUGGAACUCCAUAAUGAGGUGACCCUAUCCAAGAUGCGUAGGGCCUUGAUGAACAUUGAUCCCAGCCUGGACAAGCAGACUUUGAGCACCUACCUGAGCCAGGCAUUUCAGCUCCCCAUAUCAGAACUUCCAGAGGAAGGCAACGAGGUGGAGGAAGGCACCAAGCUAUGUCUCAGACUUGCACUGGAACAGCUUCAGAUGGCUGAUGUCAAGCGCAUAGGGCCUCGAGACAUAGAGCCUACAAGCUAGGACCAUCAUGGAUCAGAUGAGAGCUUCAGUGCUGCUAAUACAAUGUUUAGUACUAAACUGUUUGAACCCA